GUACUUACUUGUUGCUAUUAUUAGUUUAUAUACAUUCACUAAAGCACAAGGAAUAGCAUACACAUAGUCAUACACAUACACAUACACCAACACACACACACACAUACACAUACACAUACACAUACAAAAGAUGACCACCGCAUCAGAUAACAAGACCGUCUGGAUCCUCAACUACGGGGCUGGCAAUGUGCGGUCACUGGUGAAUGCAGUGGCCCAUCUGGGCUACACACCCAAGUACAUCACAUCGCCUGAGCAGCUGAAAGAUGUUAACUGCUUGAUCUUCCCGGGAGUGGGUGCGUUUGGCAGCGCCAUGGCCUCCCUCAAAGCCAACGGCUACUUUGAGCCUCUGCGUGACUACGUCCUGGCUGAUAAGCCGUUCUUCGGCAUCUGUGUAGGUAUGCAGUGCCUGUUCCAGGGCAGCGAUGAGUCACCCGAGAUAGAGGGCUUGGGGGUAAUCCCGUCCAUGAUCACUAAGUUUGAUAUCGACCCGUCGCUGUCUGUGCCGCAUAUGGGGUGGAACAGCAACCGCCUGUGCCGCACGAGUACCAUCUCACCCGAGACCACGGAUGAGAAGUACUACUUUGUGCACUCGUACAUGGCGCUGCCUUCUCCCGCCAACGAGGAGUGGGUGUCUACAUUCACAGACUAUGGCACCACCUUCAUAAGCUCCGUUGCUAAGGGCAAAGUAAUGGCUACUCAGUACCACCCGGAAAAGUCGGGGCCGGCGGGGCUGGACCUCAUCCGAAGGUUUUUGGACACAAACAAUACGGGACAAUACGUGACACCCGUCAAGACACAGACGAUGAACACUACUCCCACAGUGUUGGCUAAGCGCAUCAUCGCCUGUUUGGACGUGCGAGCGAACGACAACGGCGACCUGGUGGUUACAAAAGGAGACCAGUACGAUGUCAGGGAAAAGACGGGAGAGAAUGCUGUGCGUAAUUUGGGCAAACCUGUGACGCUGGCGCAACGAUACUACACCGAAGGAGCAGAUGAAAUCACCUUCUUAAAUAUUACUAGUUUCCGUGAGUUGCCUGCUAAAGACCUGCCCAUGUUGUCUCUGCUGAAAGAGGCGACGAAGAAGAUCUUUGUACCACUAACCGUCGGUGGAGGUAUCCGAGAGACCACUGAUCCUGAUGGCACGUACCACUCAGCAGUAGAAGUGGCGUCCAUGUACUUCAGCUCAGGUACUG